AUGAGCUUUAAUGUGCCUGAUGCUCCGCUUAGUCCUACUGUGACGUCACAACCUUCCUCUCAGGAGCUCCAGGCUGAAGCGGCGGCCGCUGGCAGCAGUUCAGUCCUGCGAUGCACCGGCGCCCUGUUCCGUUCAGGGUAUCACUGCCCUGCAUGCGCCGAGGGUUUCCUGGUGGUCAGGAUACCCCGCGACCCUGACCAGGACAGAGCAGAUGCUGACAAUAACAUUCAAUUCUGCUCACAGUGUGGGAAGAGCUUCAGGUUCCUGAGUCAUCUCAAAAUACACCAGCGCAUUCACACAGGAAAGAAACCAUAUCAGUGCUCACAGUGUGGGAAGAGCUUCAGUACCCAGGGUGCUCUCAAAAUACACCAGCACAUUCACACAGGAAAAAAAACAUAUCAGUGCUCACAACGUGGAAAGAGUUUAAAUACACAGAGUUAUCUAAAAAACCACCAGCGCAUUCACACUGGAAAGAAACCAAAUCAGUGCUCACAGUGUGGGAAGAACUUCAGGUGCCUGAGUGCUCUCAAGAUACACCAGCGCAUUCACACAGGAGAGAAACCGUAUCAGUGCUCACAAUGUGGGAAGAGUUUUAAUACACAGGGUAAUCUGAAAAAACACCAGCACAUUCACACUGGAGAGAAACCGUAUCAGUGUUCACAGUGUGGAAAGAGUUUUAAUAUACAGGGUGAACUCAAAAAACACCAGCGCAUUCACACUGGAGAGAAACCGUAUCAGUGUUCACAGUGUGGAAAGAGUUUUAAUACACAGGGUAAUCUGAAAAAACACCAGCACAUUCACACUGGAGAGAAACCGUAUCAGUGUAAAAUUUGUGGGAGGAGUUUUACUAAGCAGAGUAAUCUCCAACAACACCAGCGUGUUCACACAGGAGAGAAACCAUAUCACUGCUCAGAGUGUGAAAAGAGUUUUGCUCAACAGGGUACCCUUCAAAAACACCAGCGCAUUCAUACAGGAGAGAAGCCAUAUCACUGCUCAGAGUGUGGAAGCAGUUUUUCUCGUCAGAGUACGCUCCAAAGGCACCAGCACAUUCACACAGGAGAGAAGCCAUUUCAGUGCUCGGACUGUGAAAAGAGUUUUACUCAAAGCAGUAACCUUAAAUUACACCAGCGUAUUCACACAGGAGAGAAACCGUAUUACUGCUCAGAGUGUGGGAGGGGUUUUUCUUACAGUAAUGCUCUUAAAGUACACCAGCGUAUUCACACUGGAGAAAAGCCACAUCACUGCUCAGAGUGUGGAAAGAGUUUCAUUCAAAGUUGUGACCUUAAAGUACACCAGCGUGUUCACACUGGAGAGAAGCCCUAUCACUGCUCAGAGUGUGGAAAGGGUUUUAUUCAAAGAAGUGACCUUAAAGUACACCAGCGUGUUCACACUGGAGAGAAGCCCUAUCACUGCUUAGAGUGUGGAAAGAGUUUUGCUCAACAGAAUAACCUUCAAAAACACCAGCGUAUUCACACAGGAGAGAAACCAUAUUACUGCUCAGAGUGUGGAAGGAGUUUUGCUGAACAUGGUACACUUCAAAAACACCAGCGUAUUCACACAGGAGAGAAACCAUAUAACUGCACUGAGUGUGGAAAGAGUUUUGCUGAACAUGGUACUCUUCAAAAACACCAGCGUAUUCACACAGGGGAGAAACCAUAUUACUGCUCAGAGUGUGGAAAGAGUUUUGCUGAACAUAGUACCCUUCAAAACCACCAGCGUAUUCACACAGGAGAGAAACCGUAUAACUGCACUGAGUGUGGAAAAAGUUUUACUCAAAGUAGUGCCCUUAAAGUACACCAGCGCAUUCACACAGGAGACAAACCGUAUCACUGCUUAGAGUGUGGAAAGAGUUUUACUCAAAGUAGUGCCCUUACAGUACACCAGCGUAUUCACACAGGAGAGAAGCUGUAUCACUGCUCAGAGUGUGGAAAGAUUUUUGCUCAUGAAAAUAAUCUCAAACGGCAUCAGCGUAUUCACAUAGAAAAACUACAUCACAGCGCAUUCACACAGGAGAGAAGUCAUAUCACCGUUCACUGUCUGAAAAGAACUUUAGUGAAAGGAAGAUCCUUUAGUACACCACACCAAAAAAGGAAUCCAUUAGUCAUAUAA